UACACAUGUACAUGUACUAAGGUUGCAAGUACUAUUCGCACAGUGUAAAAUCCGUCCGAAAAGCAACACGUUCGAAGUGUCUGCACUUUUCAAAAUUUGACGAUCAUUGAUUCGUUAAUUUCUGUCAAAUUUUAUAACAUCAAAUUUGGCAACAUGAAAUUCGAUGAUAUUUUGAUGAAACUUGGAGAAUUUGGUUUUUACCAAAAACGUUUAUAUGUUUUACUUUGCAUGCCUGCAAUUCUUGUCGGAUCUUUUAUGAUGAAUUUAGUUUUUGUUAUGAAGACACCCGAGCACAGAUGCAAAUUGCCUCAGCUGGACAAUGAUACGUACGAAAUCACAAGUGAAUAUCAGCGACAUCUUGUCAACAUUACGAUUCCGGAAUCAGACGAUGAAACCAUAGACUAUGAUCGAUGUCAUUAUUAUGUUUACCCUUUUGGCGAAAGUCCAUCUAAGCAGAAUGCAACAAAAAUCACGUGUACUGAAUGGGUAUACGAUAAAUCAGUAAUAACAAAGUCUUUUGCAUCGGAGAUGCAUUUAGUAUGUCAAGAUACAUUAUUGACGUCACACGCUCAGAUGAUAUUUUAUUUUGGUGUUUUGGUUGGAGAUUUGUUAUUUGGAAUUCUAGCAGACACAUUUGGAAGAAAGAAAUCUCUGUAUUUAGCUAUAAUAAUAUUGAUUGGUUCUGCGUUUGGAGUGUGUUGGUCGUCUAGCUAUAUUACAUUCGUUAUACUGGAGUUCAUCAUUGGAGCUGCCAACCAUGGAGCUUUCAUGAUAUGUUGCGUUCUUGGUUUAGAGAUGGUAGGGCCUUCAAAGAGGAACUGGGCUGGGAUUGUCAUACACAUGUUCUUUGCAGUAGGACUUGUUUACCUUGCUGGAAUGGGAUACUUUCUCAGAAAUUGGCAACAUGUUGGAUUGGCCAUUGCAGCUCCAUGCGUGUUGUUUCUUUGUUAUUGGUGGAUUAUACCAGAAUCCCCAAGAUGGCUGCUUAGUAGGGGUAGACAUGAAGAAGCAGUAACAAUUUUAAAGAAAGUGGCAUUAACAAAUAAAGCAAAUAUUCCAGAAAAAUUACUACAGAUUCAGGAUGAACCCGACCCACAUGGAAAUUUAUGGCAUCUAUUCUCAUCAAAGGUGCUCUUCGUAAGAACAAUGAUAAUUUUUCUAAAUUGGGCAGUUGUUAGUCUAAUGUAUUAUGGCGUUACUAUGAAUGUUGGAAAUAUGGGAGGAGAUUUUUAUCUAAACUUUUUCUUACUAGCAUUAAUAGAAUUUCCUGCAUAUAGUAUAUGUAUAUACCUGGUAGAUAAGAUAGGAAGAAAGAAACUGCAUUGUGGGUGUAUGCUGUUAGGAGGAUUUGCGUGCGCAUCGACAAUUUUUACAGUUUUAUUUGGAGGGAAAUCUCUAGAGCCACUUACCUUAGCAUUGGCCAUAAUUGGAAAGUUGGGUGCAAGUGGAGCUUUUUGUGUGAUAUAUGUCUUCUCAGCCGAGUUGUACCCAACAGUUGUAAGGAAUGCUGGAAUGGGUGCCAGUUCGUGUAUAGCACGUAUUGGUGGAAUGUUAGCUCCAUAUGUAGCAAAAUCUGGAGAAUUAGUUGAUGGCAAGUUUGGAAAAGCUUUACCAUUAGUAAUAUUUGGGGCAGCUUCAGUAUUUGCUGGUUUGAUGUGUCUUUUAUUACCUGAGACCUUGAAUCAAAGACUCCCAGAGACGAUAGAGGAUGGCAACAGAUUUGGCAGAGGAAAUGAUUACAAUGAUUCCACAACUAUGGUAGAAAAGUACACAUCAAAAAAAGAGAAACAGCUUGUAUCAUCUGAUUCCUUGUAAAACCUAAAACAUUGCCGGAAAUUGGUGCUUUUGUAGCCGUUUCAUACCAUGUUUUG